UAAAACCCUUUUUCUUAUUUCAUUCCUCAUCUCACUUUUUUCACAUUUCUUUCUUUCUCUGAACCUAAAACCCUCGCCACCAAAUUCACCUUCAAACCAAAUCAAUCAAUGGCUUCUACUCUUGUUCUCCGAAACUCUUCAUCUUCUACCUCCAAACGUCUUUCUCCUUUUCUCUUUUCUUCUCAAUUCCACACUUCCCUCACUCGUUCGCCGCAAUCUCAAUCACCUCUCACCAAUGAUACCACUACUCCUUCUUCUUCCUCCUCCUCCUCCUCCAAUCCAUGGUGGAGAUCCAUGGCUACUUUCACCAGAACAAAACCUCAUGUUAACGUUGGAACUAUUGGACACGUAGAUCACGGUAAAACUACACUCACCGCUGCAAUCACCAGAGUGCUUGCUGAUGAAGGGAAUGCUAAAGCUGUUGCUUUUGAUGAAAUUGAUAAGGCUCCUGAAGAGAAGAAGAGAGGAAUUACAAUUGCUACGGCUCAUGUUGAGUAUGAGACUGCAAAACGGCAUUAUGCACAUGUAGAUUGCCCUGGACAUGCCGAUUAUGUUAAAAAUAUGAUUACUGGAGCUGCCCAAAUGGAUGGCGGCAUCCUUGUUGUAUCUGCUCCUGAUGGACCAAUGCCUCAAACCAAGGAGCACAUUCUUCUAGCUCGCCAAGUUGGUGUACCAUCUCUUGUGUGCUUUUUAAAUAAAGUUGAUGCUGUUGAUGAUCCAGAGUUGUUAGAGCUUGUAGAAAUGGAGCUCCGUGAGCUUCUGAACUUCUACAAAUUCCCUGGGGAUGAUAUCCCUAUCAUUAGAGGUUCCGCAUUGUCUGCGUUACAAGGUACAAAUGAAGAGAUUGGAAGAAAGGCCAUUCUAAAAUUAAUGGAUGCUGUAGAUGAGUACAUUCCUGACCCUGUUCGCCAGCUUGACAAGCCUUUCUUGAUGCCCAUUGAAGAUGUAUUCUCAAUUCAGGGACGAGGAACAGUUGCUACUGGUCGUGUUGAACAAGGAAUCAUCAAAGUUGGUGAUGAAGUUGAGGUUUUGGGUCUGAUGCAGGGUGGUCCUCUGAAAACAACAGUUACUGGAGUCGAGAUGUUCAAGAAGAUUUUGGAUCAAGGACAAGCCGGUGAUAAUGUUGGUCUUCUUCUCCGUGGUCUAAAACGUGAAGACAUUCAACGUGGUCAGGUCAUUGCUAAGCCCGGUUCUGUAAAAACAUCCAAGAAAUUUGAGGCAGAGAUAUAUGUGCUCACAAAAGAUGAGGGUGGGCGACACACUGCUUUCUUCUCUAACUAUAGACCUCAGUUUUACUUGAGGACUGCUGAUAUUACUGGAAAAGUAGAGUUGCCUGAAAAUGUUAAAAUGGUUAUGCCUGGAGACAAUGUUACUGCCGUGUUUGAAUUGAUUUUACCUGUUCCACUUGACAAAGGGCAAAGAUUUGCAUUGAGAGAGGGCGGCAGAACAGUUGGUGCAGGUGUGGUGUCGAAAGUGAUGAACUGAAAAGUGCGUGAUUCAAAUAUUUAGCCUGACACAUUUGCAAAAAGGGUUGGAACCCCACAACCCAACUAUUUUAUUGAAAAUACAACCAUGUGAUUAUUAAUUUUCAGUUGUGGUUGGACAAACUGAGUAAAUCUUAGAGAAGCCCAUCUGUCAUGGUUAAUUUUUUUGUAGUUCAUAAAUUGUCAACAUGCUCUUGAUCACUCCUAAAAAUAUGCUCUUGAUAGCUGCAGACUGUUCCUGCUUUAUGAAUUUGUGAAUGAAUUUUCUCUUUAUACAUUGA